CUCCCCUCCUCCUCCCGAUCACACGUCCCUCCUCCUCCCCUCUCUGACACGUCCCUCCCGGUGUACACACGAUGGCUUCCUCCGCUCUCCUGUUGCUUCUUCUCCUCCUGCCCGGUCCGCUGCUGGCCGCCGAUCCUUCCCAUCCCUCCCUGGUCAUCGCCCUCCUCGCCCGUAAUGCGGCGCAUGCUCUGCCCUACAGCCUGGGGGCGCUAGAGAGACUGGACUACCCCAAGGAGAGGAUCUCCGUCUGGUGUGUCAGUGACCACAAUGAAGACGCAACCAUCGAUGUUCUGCAGACCUGGGUGGAGGCGGUGCGGCCAUUCUAUCACUCUGUGGUGUGGACGGCACAGCGGAUGCCCAGGUGGUAUGCUCAGGAGACGACCCCUAAGCACUGGCCUGCAGAGCGAUAUGAGCACGUUAUGAAGCUGCGCCAGGAGGCCUUAAACUACGCAAGGGAGAGCAAAGCCGACUUCAUCUUGUUUACUGAUGCAGAUAACGUGCUGACCAAUGACCAAACAAUCCAGCUUCUUAUGGCGGAGAAUAAAACCCUGGUCGCCCCCAUGUUGGACUCCCAGACAGGGUACUCUAACUUUUGGUGCGAAAUAACACCCCAGUGGAAGGAUAUCCAUUUGUUUCUUCUCAAUAUGUGUCUCCUCUACCAAAGAAUCCUGACAAAAUGGGGUUUGAUGAGGUGUUUCUGAUUAAUCUGCUCCGUCGUCCAGAGCGUCGGGAAAGAAUGCUGCGCUCUCUAUAUGAACAGGAGAUAUCCAACCGUGUAAUAGAUGCUGUUGAUGGAAGUGCUUUGAACAGCAGUCACAUCAAACGUAUGGGAGUAAAUCUACUACCAGGAUUUUAUGAUCCAUUCUCUGGUCGGACUCUUACCAAAGGGGAGGUGGGCUGUUUUCUGAGCCAUUACAAGAUCUGGCAAGAGAUUGUAGAUAAACAGCUGGAAGCGACCCUAGUGUUUGAAGAUGACGUGCGCUUUGAAUCGUUUUUCAAGCGAAAGAUGAUCCGUCUUUUGAGUGAAGUUCGCACGGCCCAGCUGGACUGGGACUUGAUAUACAUUGGAAGAAAACAAGUCACUACAGAUCCUGAGAAGGCGGUGGAGAAUGUGCGGAACUUGGUGGUGGCGGAUUACUCCUACUGGACUCUCUGUUAUAUGAUCUCCCUGCAGGGAGCACAGAAGUUGCUGAACGCUGAGCCGUUAUCUAAGAUGCUCCCAGUGGAUGAAUUCCUGCCUAUCAUGGCAGACACACACCCAAAUGAGGAAUACAAAAGCUAUUUUUCCAACCGAAACUUGAGAGUGUUCUCAGUCCAGCCGCUCCUUGUCUUUCCAAUCCAUUACACCGGAGAACCCAACUGGCAGAGCGACACCGAGACCUCCACCCUCUGGGAUGAUGACAGCGUGCGGACGGAUUGGAGCGGAUCACAGAAGACUCUGAAGGAUAUAAGGAGAAAUGUACAUAGCGGGAUGCAGUCGCCGUCACGAGACGAGAUGUGAUCUUAGGAUAUUGGCUGAACAGUUUUCACUGGUGCUUGGUACGUCCAUUGGAAAAUAAGUCGGCGGCGUGGAAAGAAACUUUCACCGUUGUCGAUGUGACUUCUCUGCUCUCAGAGGGAUUUACCCUGCUGGACCAUCUUUGCUGCAGUCCAACGGUACUGGAAACAUUAAACAUUACAAAGAAAUAUGAACUUA